AUGGCUUCCUCUAGCCGUCAACAAAACAAGCAUUCUCCUUCUUCUUCUACUUCUACUUCUACUUCUACUGGGACCAGUUUCUUUAAGAUUAUUCUCAGAAAAGCUCUUCAAAAUGAAAACUUUAAGUUAACAAAAAAGUUCACUACACAAUAUGGUUCUGUCGUAUCAAACCCAUUGUAUCUUAAGUCUCGAGAUGGUAUUGAAUGGAAAGUCUAUUGGACUAAACAUGAUGGUGCAAUUUUGUUUAAAAAGGGUUGGAAAGAGUUUGUUGCAUAUUACUCUCUUGAUCAUGGCCAUUUGUUAUGGUUUGAGUACAAUACUGGAACAUCUCACAUUGAAGUACGCAUAUAUGACAUGAGUUGCCAUGAAAUAAAGUAUCCUGCCAAUGAUCAGAUCAAAGAGCAGUCGCCACGCAGGGGCCAGCCGGUGAAAAAGCCAAAAGAACCAAAAAUUAUAGAUGUGGAUAGCAGUCCCAACACCCAAAACAUGAGACUUAACGAGGGACAACAGAAGAAAAGAUUGAAUGAACCACGGUCAGGAGGAGUCCGGGGCCAACCGAGAAAAAAAAUGAGAGCACUAGUGUCAUCUGCUUCUAAAAGUAGACAGUUGGAAGAUGACACACAAAUCAGGAAUGUUGAAAGAAGCCUCAAUUCACACGAUAUAAAAUCCAAAGAGAAAAACCAUGAGAUGCCAGUGUCUGUCAAUCGAGAUUCUAAUGGUAAAAGGAAUAGAAGAAGAAAAGGUUCUGAAUCUCCUGUUAUGCCCUGUCCUACAAGACUUGAAUCUCUGAAAGAAGCUAAGAAGUUUAAGUGGGAAAAGCCCUCUUUCAUCAUCAAGAUAACGCAACGGUCUCAAACGAGAGCACCAUGUUACUUUUCAACUAAAUUCUACAGAAAGUAUUUUGAAAAUAAUCCACAAAAUGCAAAUAUAAGAUUUGGAAAGAAGUUGUUCCCUGUUAAGUUGAUCUACAGGCCAUCAUCAUGUGUUGCCUUUAUAUCUGCUGGUUGGAACCUUUUUGCUCGAGCUAGUAAAUUACAAGCCGGAGAUGUUUGUUUGUUUAAGCUCAUCAAUAGAAAGGAUCCGGUGUUUGAUGUUCAUAUUUGUCGUCGACAACGCCGCGGUAAGUCAAUUGUUUAG